UAAAUCUCUCUGUUUGAACACAAUUCCAUUUCCCGGCUUGCUUGUUUGUAUACAAUACGGAGAUCAGAGGCCUAACGCUCAACAAAGAAAAAAAUCCGAAUGGAAUUGAAAACAACGAAAUUAUACUCCACAACUACACUUAUACCUUGGUCCUGAAGGCACCGAUGAUCAUAUGACGGCGAAAGAUUUAGCAUCUUGGAGCGCGAUGAUAUCAGAAUCCACAAAGAACAAAUUGUAUUUGGCGGCGAUGGAUCUUUCAUCAACUAAUCAAUUCUGGUGAGUGCGUCCAUUUGGGAUCAUUUAUUGAAUCAAGGAUAAACAGAAUCCUUAUUCCUCGAGAGAUGUUGAAUGGAGAUGGUUAUGGUUUUGUGUUUGCACCAUGCCUAUCAACUGUUUGAAGAAAUGCCCAACAGAGCUAUCAUCGCAUGGGGAGCUUUGGUGUCAUGUUUUGCCUCAUAUGGCGAACUUUCAAAUGCACCAAAUUCCUUAAUGAAUUGGUUUCAGGUUCAAAUCUUGGUUUCUUCUUUCUUUUCUAUUUUCAAUUGCCUGAGAAAACAGAAAUGAAUGAAGAACACUGAACUAACAUUUUGAUUCAAUUCCCUGAGUUUGAACACGGUGAUCUCUCCAGCUCCAAAGCUGAAUUAUCUCAUAGAUUAUGGGUUCUGAUAGGUUCUUUUGCUCCUUCUUUCUGUUUUUCCUCUUCUUUGUUGUUUCCUCUGCAGGUUCAACCUUCAUAUCAGAUGAAAUCUUUGGAUCUGAGACCUCUGUUGGACGGCGACUCCUUCAGACUAAAAAAGCUUGCCCUGUGAGCUUUGAAUUUUUGAACUACACAAUCAUCACAAGCAAAUGCAAGGGGCCUUUAUAUUCUCCAAAGCUAUGUUGUUCAGCUCUAACUGAACUCUCUUGCCCUUAUGUUGAUGUUAUGAAUGAUAUGACAACUCUUUGUGCUUCAACCAUGUUUAGCUACAUUAACCUCCAUGGAAAGUACCCACCUGGCCUUUUCUCCAGCAUAUGUCGAGAAGGAGAUCAAGGUCUUGCUUGCCCUCAAUUGCCAGCUCCAUCCCAUCCAAACUCGACCCCGCUCUCAAAACGUCCAUCUCCUGCAAUCAUUGUUGCCUCUGGACUUGUACUUCUCUUCUCAUGGCCUUUUUUUACACUCCGAGCGACCCAUUUUUGUCGUUCUUCUUGUUGACUACUAUACUUCAAACUUCAAGAUAUAUAUUUUAACGUUUAUGAAUUAUUGGGCGGUAGUUCCCAUGGGUCAUACUUUUCCAAUCAUGGAGUGUCAUGGUUUAUACUUAUGAUCAACUUUAAGGAAAACUUAAACCUA